ACGGAAGGGAAGGAUGAAGUCAAACAUCAGCAUGUCGAAAGCUCUUCGACGGAGUCAGGUCUUGAGCAGCCGGCCGGAGAGAGAGGAGGAGGAGGAGGAUCGCGAGGGCGACGAGGAAGCGAAGAGCAAGGAGAGGUCAAGGUACCCCGAUGAGAUCUCGACCUUGUUCACCCGCGAGGGCCUCGCCGCACCCAUCCUCAUCAUCUUCUUCGUCCUCGUGUGGUAUGGGCGAACGCCGGCAGUCGCAUGCCUGGCAUGGACCUUUGUCUUCAUCACCUUGGCCGGAGCGUUUGAGGGGACAGAGGAAGGGCCGAACAACCUUCAAUCUCAAGCCUGGAGUCUCGGACAGGCAGGUUGUCAAAUCCUCAUUUCAAGUGAACGUGCGUGACCAGUAGCGCGGCCCUUCUGCGGUCCUCAGGUGGGGUGCUGCUAGGGGCGACUUCGCUGCAGCGUCACGACUACCCCGUGCUGUUGGCCUUGACGACAACGUUGCUAAUUCUCAUCAUCCUUGCUCCUCUCACAGAAUUGAAGCUCGACGGGCUGGCGCUUCUUUCUUCGGGAUUUUCAAUCGGGGGAGUUUUCUUAGCAGGUUUUUUCGCAGGACCUGAAGCGUCUUUGUCCAUGAUCGCAAUCCUUGUUCCUGCAUGGAUCUGUGGCGU